AGGAUCUUAUAGUUAGGAUAUUUUGUGAAAAUUCAAAUGAUUACUCUCAUAUACCUCAAAGGUCAAAAUUUAUGGCUUCAAACCUUCGACCCCUCCACAUUGCUAAAAACCCUUUCUCUCAUUAAACAAACAUUUGGCAACCCUCCAUUCCUUACCUUAAUUCCUUGUCAAAAACCAAAACAUAGUCCUUUCAAAUUCCAUUCUAGCUGUACAACGUUAAUGUCUUUCAACAUCAACAAGAAAAAGUUCUUGAGAACACUCUUUUCAUCUAACAAAAGUUGUGGUUGCCUCAAAAUAAAACCCUCUAAUGUCCUUGAACCCUCCCUUAAACCUAAAAUCUCAAUUUACCAAAACCAAAAUAAAUACCCUAGCAGCGCCACUUCCUCCGCCACCACCGACGACGAUGAUAAAGUUUUGGCUUCCAGUCCCGUAUGUGAAGCCAAAACUAUUCAUCACAACAACAAUACUAUUUUAAAAUCAGGUACGAAACUCAUCGAUAGCAUUGCAGUUGAGAAGGAAUCCAAGGAUCCAUACGAAGAUUUCCGAAACUCCAUACUUCAAAUGAUAUUAGAAAGAAAGAUCUACGCAGAAAGAGAACUUGAAGUGCUUCUUGAAUGUUUUCUUCAGCUUAAUGCAAAGUGUCACCACCAAGUUAUUGUUGAAGCGUUCAUGGAGAUAUGUGAAGAAAUAUUCCCUAAGAAGCUUCACAUUGCGGUUUCAAAUUGAUGUUGUUAUUUAGUUAGUUAUUCUCAUCUAUUAUUGUGGGGAAGUCAGACGCAAAGAAGAAGCCAUUGCACGAGCUGGAAUUGUUAUUGAGGAGAAGAACUGGCCACCAUUUUUCCCAAUUAUUCAUCAUGAUAUCGCAAAUGAAAUUCCAAUUCACCUUCGAACAUUGCA